AUGGUUUUCACUCUCGUGUCUUCGACGGCACUAGUCAUCUUCGUCGCCGCUUUUGUAGCCUACAUGCGACGCAGACUGCACCCUAUCUCAAUCCUUCGGGGACAUGGUCACUGGAUACUAGGGUUCCUACCCAUGCGUUCAAACACUGCUCACGCUGGCAAGCUCGAACUGGAACUGCUUCGGACGUACGGUGGCGCAGCGAAGCUUAAGGGGGCCUUUGGCCGAAGACUGCUAUGGGUCUGCGACCCCAAGGCGGCGCAAUACAUUCUCCAGGGAGCAGACUAUGGAUUCGAAAGGGCAGACGAGAAGAAGGAGUUUGUACGGUUUUCCAUCGGUAGCAGCAUAUUGAUUGCGAAGGGCGACGUUCAUAAGCGCCAUCGACGUAUUAUGCAGCCUGGCUUCGGGGCCGUCGCGGUGACAACGUACAUUCCAAUCUUCGCUCAGACGGCCCGACGAAUGUCCGAACUAUGGGUAGAAGCCCUGCAAGACAAAGAGGAGGCUAAGCUCGACAUGAUGUUUUGGACCGUGCGAGCUACGCUAGAUGCACUUGGCGAAGCCGCCUUCGACUACGAGUUCGACGCAUUAAGCGACUCUCCCAACGAGAUCACCAGAUUGUUUGGAAACUUCGUCGUCAAAUCGGGCCUCCGACCGAGUGACUGGGAAAUAUUCUUGGGACAGGCAGUCACACUUCUGCCAAACCAAAUAAUUCAGCUAUGGAACGCGUUCAUGCCAAACAAGAGGCGCACAAUACUGCGGGAUGUCAGGUGGACGUGCGAGCGUAUAGCGUCCCAGCUGAUCGCGGAAAAGUCAGCCGCCGUCAUCGCCGACAGGACUGGAACCGACGUGAUGAGUCUGUUAGUGAAAGCAAACCUGUCCGCUGAUGCCGAGAGUCGGCUUAAUGACGAGGAAAUGCUGGGACAACUGAGUACUCUCAUACUCGCCGGGCACGAGACGACCGCAUCAGCCAUAGCUUGGGCGCUGUACGAGCUUGCCCGAGACCCAGCUAUGCAAAAUCGUUUGCGCGAAGAAAUUCGCACCAUGCGCCGGGAGCGCAACGAACCUGAGCUCACCGCGGCCACGCUCGACUCCAUGCCAUACCUGAACGCGGUGAUCAAGGAGACGCUCAGGAUGCGCCCCACCGUAAACAACUUGCAGAAGCAGGCUACGCAGGACGGAUUGAUACCAUUGCUGACGCCCGUCAUCGGCGAGGGUGGCGUGCUCGUUCGAGAGAUCAUCGUGAGGAAAGGACAGAAAGUCUGGUUGAAUGAGGACAUCUUCGGGCCUGACGCUGAUUUGUUCAAUCCGGAGCGUUGGCUGGAGGAUGGUCAUGUGGCUAGGCAAGCAACCGUCGGUGUAUACGGCAAUCUCCUGACUUUCGGCGGCGGACAUCGGGCAUGUCUGGGAUGGCGCUUUGCCAUUUACGAACUCUCCGCGUUCCUUGUCGAGCUAUUGGACCAGUUUCAGUUCGAGGUCGACGCGAAUGUCAAGAUCUGGUCUGGAGCUGCCGAUAGUGUCAUGACGCCGAUGGUCGAAGGCGAGCUCGACAAAGGGACGCAGCUCCCGUUGCGCGUGCGGUUGGCCUCGAUGGCCGAGUAGUCAAUGUCACUUGUUCCAUUACAUGCAGAUCCAUCAUGGACAAUCAAGGGAGACAAUCAUAUUGUGGACUCUUUACGAUCCCGGCGUCGCUUCACCCUGUCCAUAUAGAUGACGGUCGCAACAAUUUCGUC